AUGGCUCGGUGUAUUAUCAAAACCCGCGGCCUUCACGCCGGCAAUCCGAUGCCCAGCGGGAAAUCUGGCCCGUGUCCCACGCUCAGGUCGCAACACCGAUUUUUCCUCUUCCCCGGCACAUCAUACGAACACCGAGUAUGCAGCGUAUCGAGCGUUUCUUUGAGGCCGCAAGUGUCCACAGACAAGAUAACGUACCUCGCUGUUUACGACGUGGCCAACUCCGAAAAGCGAGAAAAAUACGACCAAGACCUGAAAGAUUACGUGGCCAAAGAAGCUCCUCCUGGUUACGAGAGUUCCUUAGGGGAAGCAGCAUCUAUAAACGUGCAAAAAUCGGCGAAACACAGCAGAAGAGAAGCAUUUGGUUGGACGAACCAAUCCAUGGUCUCUGUGAUUGGUUCCGGUGUCAAGUUUGACGCCUCUGCGGGUUGCGGGGGACUUGGGUUCGGGUUCGCCAACAAGCAGCCUUGUUUCCUCAUUCGACCAGGGAGGACUUCGAUGGUGCCUGGAGUUCUUUGGGUCGCUUGCUACCCGUAUGCCGGUGAAUCCCUGAUCGAAAAAAUAGUUUACGUAGGUCCGAGUGUUGGUGGGAAAAACGUCAACGGGUUCCCAGUGAAGGGUUUCUUCCCUGUGAAACCCAGGACAGGUACAGAGCAGCGCGCGGCCGAGGCCGCGGGCAAGGGCCCCCAUGCCCCGAUGCCGUACAUGUACCUCAAGGUGUACCUCAAACAACAGAGAGAGGGAACCUUCAAGUCUGACACGGAAGAACGCCAAGUUGAAAUUCAGUGUUACCAGUUGGCAAAAAAUGUCCCAUUGGAUCUCACGAGGCGAUCGGGAAUGAACAUUUUUACUAUUCUUGCGGCCGAAUUACGAAAAAGGGCACUUGAUAAAACACCGUCUUGGGCCAGAGACUCGCUGAAAGCUAUUGGCAAUCACGAGCAGGAAAUUACAGCCUUCGCUCUCGAGACGCCGGAAACGCGGGAACCGGAAACGCGUGCGAGAGGAAUCCUGAAUGCUUUCAUU